UGCUCGUAACUUGCUGAAUUCUUGACGGAUUUACAAACGGGUUGGUGUAUUACAAACCUUAUUAACGUGGCUAUGAUUUGUGCUGAUGCCGAUGUUUAAAUUGUAGCUUCACGUUUUGAGAAACGCUUAACAUUGCAGCGUAGCUGUGUGUUUCAUGGCUGCCCUUGUUGUGUCGAACUCAGUUCCCCCUAUGUUUCCUGUAGCUGACGCUGAGAUGUCAGUAAAAGCAUAAUACAUUUAUGUGAUUUGUAUUUAUUAUAUAUUCUAUGUAAGAAUUGGGUCAUUGUAUUUGGAUUGUGUAAUUUGUGUAAAUUGAUCAUGUUUAACUUGUUGUUGUGCCGGAAGACGUGUUCACGUGACCUCUCCUUAUUUAACCCGGACGCGUUAGCGUUCAGUAUGGAUUAAGAAUGAUUGCACACAUACGUGAAUAAGUUGAACUGAAUUAUACUGCUGGUUAUCAGGCGCACACGUUUUCACGGUGUUCCAACAACAAAUAAACUUGGAUAUUGGACAUCAGUAUGAGACGUGGAGUCAGUGAAUUUAAGCUAUAGCCAGUGGAUAGUUACAUUUCCCUUUAGUGUAGUGCUUUUAUAACGUUUUCAUCACGUUACAUUUAGAAAGAUUAAAUAUUUGAAUUGGUUAUACUAAAAAGGCAUAAUAUAAUGUAUUUUAUAAUACAAUUUAUUAAAUAUUUCAUACAUUUAACAGUUUUCUAUUAGGGUAUUUCUUUUAAAAUAUAGCCUGUCUUUUUCUCUUUUUUUUUACUUUACUGGUUGUUUUAAAAAUGUAAUGUUUGCAUUCAUAAUUAAAUAAAUAUUAUACAUAUAAUAUGAUUCAUACUGUAAAAAUAAUUGACUUACCAUUAAGAACAAUACAGAUACAUUACAGAAAUGCACACACAUACAUCUCAGUAGCCAUUAAAACUUUAAAUAUAUAAAUAAUAAAACCUAUAACGUGAUAAAAACGCCAUAAAAACACUACACUGAAGGGAAACAUAGGGGGAACAGACAUCGACACAACACCCUCUACUCUAAAGUGAUACCACACAGUUGACAUUUUCAAUUAUUAACAGGUUUCUUGAGACCAGUUUCUUGACAACCUAAUCUUUUGUCUAAAUGUCAUUUUGUGGAUGUGGUUGUAUUUAUUUGCUGGCUAGCAGUGAAGAGGUCGUAAGUGAGUCACCAAGCAAUUGUAAAUUGGUGGGAGAGGCAGGAACUUCUGAUUACGCUUGUGGAAAAUGCCUGAUUUUUGUGCUGCCUACGGCUGCACCAACGAACGGAGCCUCCAAACCAGAACGCGUGGGAUCACCUUUCACAAGUUUCCCAAAUGUAGCGAGCGCCGGAGACAGUGGGAGCGUGCCCUGAGAAGGGAAGGUUUUGUGGCUAAUGACAGAACACUGCUCUGCAGUGAACACUUCAGAAAUGAAGAUUUCGACAGGACAGGGCAGACUAUCAGACUCAAAGCUGGAGCUGUUCCAUCUGUCUUCAACUUCCCUGCUCAUCUUCAGAGGCCGGUAGCACCAAGAAGCACAAACGCUUCAAGAAAAGCAGGAGAAAACCAGCCCAUGUACCCCGAGAAGGAUCAACCUCCACCUGAUGUUCCACAGCCAUCCACUAGAGAGAGGCAAAGGAGUCGGAAGAGGAAGGCCCCUGACCACCAAUAUGUAAUGCCUUCCUCUCCAAAGGCUCUUAAGGCCAAACUUGAUGCAGCCAUGGCCACAGUGCGUAAAAUGUGGCGGGAAAAGAGCAAUGCCUUGGCAAGGGUAAGGAGGGCCAGGAAGAACAUGAAGGCUCUUCUGGAGGAGCUGAAAGCUAAGAACCUCAUCAAUGAAGAGCUGAAUGACAAGCUGGAAUGCUACUCGGAUCUUCCGGUUCACCUCCUGUCAAGACAGGGUGCAGAGUACACCCAGGCCCAGAGAGACUUUGCGCUCACUCUCCACCUGCAUGGUCCUAAGGCGUAUCACUACCUGAGAGACGACCUGAAAAUUCACCUUCCACAUCCCAGUUCCUUGAAAAGGUAUUCUUCGUCUCUAAUUUCAACUACAGUAACAACUUCAGCUACAAAAGCAAUGUGACAGCACAGGAUGACACAGAGUCCCUACCAGCUGAUCAGUCUGCUGUUCAGUCCUACCGCAUAGACACAUCUACCAACCUGUCGGCUGUAGAAAUGUCCUCUGCAGAAGGAGAAGAUCUGCAGCUAUCUUCCCAAGAAGUUUGAUGGUCUUGUGGAAAAUGUGCUUGUGUACAUUUCAGGAUUUGUGGUGCGACGCACACUAAAAAAGCUUUCCUGUGAUGUCUGCCGGGCAAGCCUGUUGAUGGAUGCUCAAUCUGCCAGUAAGGACCAGAGCUACCAUCUGCUGACGCUGAAAAACAAUGGAGGGCUUGUCAUCCCAUCAGCAGGCACAGUGAAGGUCGUCAGGGCAGCAGAGUGGGUUGUUCGGCAGGCAGUAGCAGAUUCCAGGAGAUCGCAACCCAUCAAACUGCUGGAGGUCCUCUACAUGAUGAGGAAGAGGAUAGGUGGAGAGGAUGUGUUUUUGCUCGGGGAGCACAUAACUGACACGCACUUGACAGUCACCACCAUACACUCUUGACUCUGGUUGUGUCCCCCUUCUUCAAGCUAAGGCUGCACCGCAUUGCGAAAAUGUCAACGCUUAGCUUGCAGAAAGACAGGUGUGAGACAGAAGCUCACAAAAACUGUCCUUUUCAAAGGGCAGUAGCGCAAACUAUUUGUGCACUUAAAGGAUGGGUUUUCAACUGGUGGUCUGUUUAGUUUGCUACUCUUCUUUGAUGUUUGCAUGUGAAUGAGUGGUGUAUGAGUGUGUGCGUGAAUGGGUGAAUGUGGGGCUUUGUAAAGCGCUUUGGGCACCAAGACGGUGUAGAAAAGCGCUAUGUAAGUUCAGACCAUUUAAGAGAGAGGAGGAGAGGGAGGGAGCUGUAUUGAUUAUAUUGUAUUGAUGGAAAGAGUUUUGUGUCCAAUUGUGUCUUAAUGUUUUUUUUUUUUUUGUAUAUUUUGUAUAUUUUUUUUUGUAAGUUUUUUCUAAUUGUGUGCCUUUGGACCUAAGUAAAAAAAAACAAAGACCCAUCUCUUUUCUCUUUAUUUUACAGAAUGGCAACUUGAGACAGAUUUAUAUUAUACAUAAAUUUACACAUGUAUUUAAUAAUGUUAAUAUUAGUAAUAAACUAAAUUGCACUAUUUCAUGUUUCAUGUACCUUAUAAAUAUUGACAUCAUUACUGUGUGUGUGUUUAUGGGUAUACCUAGUACUUUACCUGUCUAGUCUGCUUAAUAUACUAUUUUCUUAAUAAACUCCGUGGCUAUAAUUUUUCACAAGUAUGCAGUUAAAUAGCCGCAUCCCUGAAGUUUAUGACACACCAAGCCGUUUGAAAAUCGGUUGAAAAUUGAGCAAAAUAUAGUUAUUUCAGCACUGCAUGCACAAUAGACUAAUGUUAUAACUGGAGCCUUUAUACAUAUCUAUGGGGGGACCCAAUUGCUCACGACACCUGUAAGCCAUCUAGCCUUUAUACACAUCUAUGAAUGCAGGCAUAGGCGGAGCUUGCGGUGGAGCAGGACCCUCAUUGGCUAAAAUGAUUUUUAUAAAAUAAAUUAUAUUCCACAACAAAUAUACAUAUUAAUUUAGGUUCUUAUACAUUUCAAAACGUUACUUUUUAAGAUGCUUUGUAAAACAAUUGCUAUUUUGUUAAUAAUACGUGUUUAUCAAAACGUGGCACUCGGUAAAGUCGCUUUUAUCCAGCCGUCCAAUCACAAUGGAGGAGAGGCGGGACAAACAGUACAUCGACCAAUCGGAACAUCCUUUCGCUACUACUUGAAAACAUAAAAGUUAAUAUAUCUUAUCUUGUCGAUAACAACAUAUAACAGUCCGUGCUACCACAAUAUGAGUACGCUUUGAUUAAACAAAUUAUCUGCAAAAUCUGAUACUUAUAAAACAGUACUUCCGCGGAGGUUUAAAUAAUAGCAAACAGCGCACAUAAGCGCCGCAAAAGCGCCCUCAAGCGGAUAUUUUUAGAACACCACCUGACGGUUUGAAUUAAUUAUUUUCACAGAUUAACUUUUUCGUGUAUUCGCUAGAUGCAUCUUUUUAAGUAAAAUCAGCAACAUUUAUCAUAGAGAUAGAAAAUGACGACUUUCUAAUACUUUCAGCUCAAUACAGGCAUAGGCGGAGCUUGCAGUGGAGCAGGCCCCCCAUUGGCUAAAAGGGUUUUUUAAAUAAAAUAAAUGAUAUUCCACAACAAAUAUACGUAUUCAUUUUAAAUUAUACAUUUUAAAAGUUUUUAAGAUGCUUUGAAAAACAAUUAUUAUUCUGCUAAUAAUGUGAAUUUAUCAAAAGUGGUGCGCUGUAAAUCGAUUUUGUCCAAUCACAAUGGAGGAGAGGCGGGACAAAUAGUACAUCGACCAAUCGGAACAUUCUUCCUCUACUACUGAAAAAAACAUAAAAGUUAAUAUAUCUUGUCGAUAACAACAUAUAACAGCCCGUGCUACCACAAUUUGAGUACGCAUUGAUUAAACAAAUAUCUGCAAAAUCUGAUACUUAUAAAACAGUACUUCCGCGGAGGUUUGAAUAAUAGCAACCAACGCACAUAAGCGCCUCUAAAGCGCCCUCAAGCGGUCAUUUGUAGAACAGCGCCCGGUGUGUGAAGCUUCUGUGGAGUUUAUUUAUCCACAAAAUAUUAUAGAAAUUAAUGGGCUAAUGUACUGUUCACUGCAUAUACAUUUUCCGUUUCGUUUUAACUUGUAUAUUAAAUUAGGCAUUGAAUUUUGUUGUGUUUUAGAAGUGAAGAAAAUGUCCUAAAAUUAACUAACCUUGUGUUUUUUU